UUGUUUUUUUCCAACCUUAGAAAUCACUUUUACAAAAUGCGUGGAAUUUUGAAUUACGCGAUCACGACGAACGAUAUGAUAACGUGACACACCGAAGAGAGAAAGAUUCAUCUUCUUUCAAAGAAAAGAUGUCAUCCGUGUCAUCUAGAGACUAUUUUUACGCCGAGAACUAUUAUGAUUACGCAAUUCAACCUCGUCUGUUCAACAAUUAUACCGCAAUUACAGCGACACAAUUUCACUGGCACUCACAGACUCGUCUCGUCUUGACGAUCCUGCUACGCGUCGGCUUCGUCCUCGUGCAGAUCGGCAGCGUGCCGGCCAACAACGUCAACUUAAUCCUUCUUCAAAAUGUUGUUGACCUCAGUUGCGUCACCGUCAUGUACUUUCUCACGGGUUAUCUCAUCGCCUAUAACGGCGAUAUCGCCGGUCUGAUCGGCGAAGGCUAUUGGAUUGGCGAUCCAACGGUUGAUAAGAGCGAAGCAAUCAUCGGCUGGCAAGCGGUGGUGAUCGCGUCGGCGAUUUGCACCACCGCUGUGGCGGGCAGGAUGCACACGGCCGGAUACCUGCUGAUGGGUGCUGUCUUAUCAGGUCUCGUGCAACCGUUGCUAAUCCACUGGGCCUGGACCGAAAACGGAUGGAUGGCGGAAAACGAGUUGAGUGGGAAGAUGGUAACUUUCAAGGAUCACGCUGGCGCGGGGGUGGUUCACGUUGUCGGAGGACUUUCUGGCCUGAUUGGAUGCGUUGUUCUCGGCAGGAGGAUAUUCAAAUUAAGAGAUCUGGAUGACGCGAGCAUCACCUCGAGCUCCGCUGGAACCGUUUUCGGCGGUCUGCUAUUGAUCUUCGUAGGGCUUCAAGGUUUGUGCAUGAAUACAACAUAUACGUACGAUCGUGCGAAAUUCCGAAUGAUCGCACGCAGUCCUUCACACGCGUACGUGAACAAUUUGCUGGCCGCGUCCUCGUGUACAUUAUUAAUCGUGGGUCUGCACUUCAUAUUCAGUCGAGAGACCUUCAAUCAUUGGACAGUAAUGAGAUGCGUUCAGGGGACGAUCGCCGGUGUAGUCACAGUGUCAGCCGCAGCGAACGAGUAUUCACCGCAAAUAGCUAUUGCCUUGGGUUGCCUGGGAGGUAUCGUUUUUUAUCUGGUCUCCAGACAGAUUUUUCACAACUCCCUGGAAGAUUACUGCAACGUGAUAGCUAUACACCUUGUUUGCGCGAUUGUUGGUAGUGUCGUAGCGCCGUUUUGCACCCUCAACACCGACGAGGACAUUGAAACGAUAUUGCUGAACUUCUCGUGGCAAUUAAUUUGCCUGAUCGCAUUGUUGGCCUUAGUUAGUGCAGCAAUGUCGCUGAUCUUCGGCAUGCUAAAAUGCUGCGGCAUACUUCGCAACAGAUCGGAAUGCCUGAAUCACGAACGAGCUAACGCGGCCGUUCAGAGAGGCCCGCCGAGAUCGUUUUUGCAGAGACUUUUCUUUCCUGACAGCGGUUGUCUCUACCUGCAACCGAGCUCGACUUCCGCAACAAGAAACGAUCCGAGCAUUGGUUCUAGAUUUCGACAGUAUCAGACGGAGAUAGAUAAACUCGAAGAAGGAAGAUCUACCGCCGUGACUAAACCGAAUCCCAGUGUCAAAAUCGAAGAAACUGUCACGAGGGUUCAACCUACAGAAACAAGAGUGAAAAAAGCGAGACAAGUGUAUACUUUACCCGGCGGUUUUCCAGCGUCGAUAGAAAACAAAGGUGGUACCGGUGAAUCGAUCAACAACAAUCUUUUGGAAAUCGAAAGAAAACAAGUUCUUGGAAGAGAAAUAAAGUGUAUCUUGGAUCCUAUCGAGGAACUAGACGAAGAGAUGUCACAAGAACUCGGGGAAAGUGAAGUUCAAUGUGAUAUCGAACGUUACAAUGCUGGAGACAAUAUCUUGAAAACGGAAUCUUUUAAGUUUACAGGCUUAAGCGAUUUGAAUGAAUCGAGUUAUCAGCUUCGAAGAACGGUGAAAUUAAUGAACUUGCAUCACGAAUUUAUCAAGGACGAAUUGAAAGUUGUGCUAGAACCGAAACGUAUAGAUUCUUCGUCUAGCGAUUCGUGCGACGAGGACAUCGUUUUUGCAAGGCCACCUAAUUUGAACGAAUCUAUAAAGGAUAUUGUAACGUACAAUCAUUCCAUUAUGGAAACUAAUCUCGAGUUAUCACAAUGUUGACUCAAUGUUGACUUUUCACUGCGUGAAAAUAUAUAUGUUUAUAACAUAAAAACAAAACAGCAACAUAGUCGGAUCAAGUUUUUGAAACUGGAAGAACUAAGAACAAUGUGUAGCUUCGAACACAAUAAUUUCAAAUAUUUUCACUGUGAUACGCUAUUGCGCUAUAUUAUAUUAUAGCGUUUCAAAACUUUUCUAUUUCUAGUCCCAAAAAUACACACGCAACAGUACAAUAGAUGUACCUGAAAACAAUAAAAAAACUUAUAUGUAUCAUAAAAUAACUAUAA